AAAAUAGUCGCCACCCAGCUGUGGAUGUGUCAACACGUCUGCAAUCCCAGAAAGGAAAUAGCAUUUCCUCUUCCAUUCACGACGAUGCCUCUCCUUCCGUCCUCCUUCUUUCUUUCUAUACCUCUUCUUUUCAUCCUCUUUUGCGCUUGUAUAAGAUCAGUAUAUGGCUCUGCGUUGACAACACCAAUUGCAGCCAAUGAGCGGCUCUGUUUCUAUGCGGAUGUUGACAAGGCUGGCGAGAAAAUUGGCUUCUACUUUGCCGUUCAAUCUGGAGGCUCAUUCGAUAUCUCGUACACGGUAACCUCGCCACCACCAGCAAGCAAAGAAAUCCUCUCCGGAACGAGCGAGCGUCAAGGUGAUUACGUCCUAACAGCCAACACUCCUGGCGAAUAUGCCUUCUGCUUUGAAAACGACAUGUCCACGCUCACCGAAAAACUCAUCGACUUUGACAUCAUGGUAGAGAGUGAACCGAGGAGGGAGGCUCCGGCGAAGCCUGGCCAAAUCUCUGAACAAACCUCCGCACUCGAAGAGUCCAUAUUCAGGCUCAAUGGAAUGCUCAUGAACAUCAAACGGACACAGAAGCACUUCCACACUAAAGAACGCCGAGGCUUUUCUGUAGUUCAGAGCACGCAAAAUCGGCUAUUCUGGUAUGCCAUCCUUGAGAGCUGUGGAGUCAUCGCUAUGGCUGCAUUCCAGGUCUAUGUCCUACAAACAUUCUUCACUAAGACAGGAAGGCGGUAUAAAGUGUAGUAUCCAUUCUGGCUGGGCUGAAUGUUGCAAUACAAUGACAUUGAUGACUGCUUGACGUUUGGAUCUUGAUUUUCAGCUUGAGUGAAGUUUGUUCGUUUCCUCUGCCAUCAUUAGGCUCAGACGCUGCAACAUCUGUUCAUAACGUUCGAGGUAUUUAGUGGCUAGUUAUGUAGGCAACCCUGAUUAUUGUCCUGCUGGUUAAAACGUGGUUGAAAUUGAUAAUUGACUUAUUUUACGG